UCGCUCCUGCAGCCGGCAUUCUCCCUGGAGAAGGAGCUCUCCUCCCUGGGCGUGGUCCGUCGACGGCAGCUCAAAGGCAUCAUCCGCUCCGGCCGGGUCACGGUCGAUGGCGAGGUGGUCCGGAACCUGAAGCAGGAGGUGGCUUCCGAGGCAGUUCUGGCCAUCGACGGGAUCGAAAUAGAUCGCGUUCCACCGCUCCUCCUGAAGUACCACAAGCCCUACGACGUGAUCAGCUCCAUGGACGAGAAGGGGUGCCAGGAUUUAUCCGAUGCGCUGCCCGGGCAAGCGGCGCCCUGGGAUGAGAACGCCGUGGAAGAGGCAAGGCUUCGACUCGGCCGUGGUCGCAAGGCAGGAAGUGCGUGA